AUAGUGGUGCUGUACACAGUAAAUUCUGUACUGUAUUUGUAUUCGGCUCUUAAAUGCGACAACGUAGCUUUUCUUUUCAGUUUGCAAAGUGAACGGAUGUAGAAAUUCGCUCUUAUUUUGAAGUAAAGAGUCAGCUUCCGGCUUUUGAACGGGUACUUGACAAAAGUACCAUCAUCAAACUCUUGAGGGAACGACUUGUACUUGUGCAUCUCGUACUGCCCUAUUUCUCCACGCAAGCUUUGAAAAGAAGUAAUAAAGGUGGUCAUGUGUGGCAUCUGGGCUGUUUUCGGCACGGACGGCUGCUUGUCGGCUCAAUUCGUCAACGCCAUGAAGAUCGCACACCGAGGUCCCGACGCCUUCCGUUUUGAGAACGUGGACGGGUUCACCAACUGCUGCUUUGGGUUCCACCGUCUGGCCAUCCUGGACCGGCUGCACGGCAUGCAACCUCUACGGGUCAAGAACUUCCCGUCCUUGUGGCUGUGCUACAACGGCGAGAUUUACAACCAUCUUGUGCUGAAGAAACAUUUUGACUUCGAGUUCCAGACUGAAGUGGACGGCGAGGUUUUGCUUCAUCUUUACAACCGCUUUGGUAUUCAGAAGAUGGUUUCUCUCCUGGACGGAACCUUUGCCUUCGUACUGCUGGACACGGCCAACAGGAAAGUGUUCCUGGGGAGGGACACAUAUGGGGUCCGGCCUUUGUUCAGACUCCUGACCGAUGCCGGAUUGCUUGCCGUUAGCUCUGAAGCAAAAGGACUCACGGGUGUCACCCCUGCUAAAAUCGUCCCCUUUCUGCCGGGACACUUUGAGGUCUUUGACUUGAAACCCGACGGUAAAGUGACGUCGCUUCAGAUGGAGAGGUUUCACGAGUGCACAAAGGAACCCGCUCAUGCUCUCUACGACAGCGUGGGGACAAUGCCAACAAGUUUUGAUGAGGAAACCGUGAAGGCCAACAUCAGAACCUUGUUUGAGAAUGCAGUGAGGAAACGUCUCAUGGCCAAAAGGAGGAUCGGUUGCCUCCUCUCAGGGGGUCUGGAUUCCAGUCUGGUCGCUGCUACGAUGGUGAAGCUGGCCAAAGAAGCUGGUCUGCAAUACCCCAUCCAGACAUUUUCAAUCGGGUCAGCGGACAGCCCAGACAUCUUAGCUGCACGUAAGGUUGCAGCUUACAUUGGAAGUGAACACCACGAGGUGAACUUUACUACAGACGAUGGCAUCCAAGCAGUGGAGAACGUCAUCGUAAGCAUCGAGACCUAUGACAUCACCACCAUACGGGCAGCAGUUGGAAUGUACUUGGUUUCUAAGUACAUCCGUGAGAAGACUGACAGUGUGGUGAUCUUCUCCGGAGAAGGAUCCGAUGAACUCACUCAAGGUUACCUUUACUUCCACAAGGCUCCCAGUGCUGAAGCAGGAGCGGAAGAAAGUAUUCGACUGCUGAAAGAACUCUACCUGUUCGAUGCUCUCCGAGCAGAUCGGACCACUUCUGCACAUGGGUUGGAGCUUAGGGUGCCUUUCCUGGAUCACAGACUGACCUCAUACUUCCUGUCCUUGCCUCCGGAGAUGAGAACUCCAAGACAUGGAGUGGAGAAGUAUCUUCUGAGGGACGCCUUCAAAGGUGCGGAAUUGAUCCCUGAGGAGAUUCUGUGGCGCCGUAAAGAAGCUUUCAGUGAUGGUUUGAUGUCUAUGAAGAAAUCCUGGUACAUGGUUCUGGAGGAGUACCUCGAGUCUAUGGUGACCGAUGCCGAUCUGGCAAACGCACCCAAGCUCUUCCCUCACAACACCCCCCCCACCAAAGAGGCCUACUUCUUCAGACGGGUGUUUGAGAAACACUUCCCCGGCGGCCAUGCUGGGUGGCUUCCUCAUUUCUGGAUGCCGUCCUGGAUCGACGCCGCCGACCCAUCGGCUCGCACUCUACCCUUCUACAAACUAAAUAUAAACAAAAAUAGUAACAGCGCGUGAUAACGCGCGGAUAUCGGGAUAAUUCCUGUUCUAUUUACCGUGGAAUCUCCAAAGUGAUCACUUUGAUAUCGCAUCUUAUCACACUUAUAUUACCAUCCAAUAUUAUAACACUUGGUAUGAUAUCACUGCCAGUGAUAUCACCUCCUAUAAUAUCAAUUCCUAAAAUUGUAUCACAUUGUAUCGCAUCAGUGAUGCCAACCUCUGCGAUACUACCUCUUAUGAUGCAGCGCCUAAUGAUAUCACCUCCUAUAAAACCACUCUUCCUAUGAUACCACCCCAUGUGAUAAUACUCUGUGAUACUAUCUCUGAUGAUACCACCUCCAGUGAUAUCACCUCCGAUAAUAUCAAUUCCUAAAAUGCCAUCCAAAAGUAGAACCCUUCCACUCCAGUGAUACCACUACCAGUGAUACCACAACCAGUGAUACCACAACCAGUGAUACCACUACCAGUGAUACCACUACCAAUGAUACUACUACCAGUGAUACCACAACCAAUAAUGCCACCAAGUCCACUUCCUUAAUUGUAUAACUGUUAUCCCAUAUGGUAUCGCAUCAGUGAUGGCAACCUUUGUGAUACCACUUCUUAUGAUGCCGUCCCUAAUGAUAUCAACUCCUAUAAUAUCAAUUCCUAAAAUGCCAUCCAAAAGUAGAACCCUUCCACUCCCAGUGAUACCACUCCCAGUGAUACCACUGCCAAUGAUACCACUCCCAGUGAUACCACCAGCAGUGAUACAACUCCCAGUGAUACCACUCCCAGUGAUACCACUCCCAGUGAUACCACUACCGAUAAUGCCACCCAGUACACUUAACUGUCAUCCCAUAUGGUAUUGCAUCAGUGAUGCCAACCUCUGCGAUACUACCUCUUAUGAUGCCGCCCCAAGGAUAUCAACCCCAUGUGAUAAUACGUGCUGUGAUACUAUCGCCUAUGAUACCACCUCCAGUGAUAUCACAUUUUAUGAUACCGCCCCCAGUGAUACCACCUCCUUUAAUAUCGCCCCCACUGAUUCCAAUACCGAUAAUGCCACCUAGUACACUUAACUGUCAUCGCAUUGGUGAUGCCAACCUCUGUGAUACGACCUCUUAUGGUGCCGCCCCUAAUGAUAUCACCUCAUAUAAAACCACUUUUCCUAUGAUACCACCCCAUGUGAUAAUACCCUGCCCUCUGUGAUACCACUCCUAAUGAUAUCACCUCCUAUAAUACCACUCUUCCUAUGAUAUCCUAUGAUACCACCCGAUGUGACUAUACCUUGUGAUGCCACGGCCUGUGAUACUAUUACCUAUGAUACCACCUCCAGGGAUAUCACCUUUUAUGAUACCGCCUCUUGUAAUACCACCCAACAUUAUACCACAUCCUAUCCCAUAUGAUAUCACAUCCUGUUAUGCCGACCUCUGCGAUAUUGUCAAUGAUGUCACUUACUCUGAUUCCACUCCAUAUGAUAACAUGUCUUUUAUAAAAACAGGGGGGUACUGUUGCAACUCAUCACUUCCUGUCUGCCUACUACUCAGAUUCAUGAGAAAUAUUGGAUAGUAUGAAUGUAUAAGUGGCUAUAGGGGUGUUAUGUCAUGUCUAGAGCGCUCUAAUAAUAUUAAAACUUUAUUUAGAAGGUGGUCAACUAUCAAUUGACUUUAUUUUUAUUUUAUUAUUUUAUUAUUCCUGUAAAAUGACAUUUUCUAAUUAGAUUCCAACCAACGUCGGUGUGCUUCUGGAGGUUCCACUGUUAAUAGUUAUGGAAUUAUUCUCUUACAUGAUGAGGUGGGAAGGUUUAUUGUGUAUUAUGUAUUUGCAUACCCAAUCCAGUGCUUUCCACAAAUAAAACGAG